CUGUCGUUCAAUCCCGCUUUUUCUAACCUAAAAGGUUAAAUUUAUUUUGUUGUAUUUUCAUUCCUUAAUAAACUCAAAUCUGCACAAAAUGAGCCAAUUGCUACAUAAAUGUGAAGAGUAUUUCAAUACGCGCGAUUUCUACGACAUUUUCAAUGUGGACAAAACUGCAACCGCAAAGGACAUAAAGAAAGCUUACUACAAACUCUCUUUGUUGUAUCAUCCAGAUCGAGUCGAAGAGACCAACAAAGAGUUAUCAACUGAAAAAUUUAAGCUUCUGAGUAACAUUCACUCGAUACUACAAGAUGAGGAUAAACGCAAGGUGUACGAUGAAGGUGGAAGCGUCGACGACGAUGAUUUCUUUGUCACCAAUUGGGUAAAUUAUUGGAGAGGAAUUUUUAAGAAAAUUACCACAGAAGACAUCGACAAAUUUAAAGACGAGUACAUCGGUUCGGAGACUGAAAGAAAUGAUAUUAAAAAGGCGUACGUCGGCAGUAAAGGCGACAUGAAUCGCAUUAUCGAAAUGGUACCUUUCAGUAAUUGCGAAAAUGAACCGCGUCUAAUCAAGAUUGUCAGAGAAAUGGUGGAUAACGAGGAGGUGGAGGAAUUUAACUGCUUUUUUAACGAACCGAAGCGCAAAAAGACUCAACGUAAAUUGAAGGAGGAGCGUGAAAAGAGACGAUCUGAGCAGUUAAAUAUAAGUGAUAACGAUUUAGCCGACGAAAUUCAUCAACGACAAACGGAAAGGUUGGAUAGUCUGUUUUCAACGUUGGAAGCGAAGUACGGCAAAGAAAAAUCGACAAAACGUAAACCUAUUAUGAAAUCGACCGAAGAGAACACACCUGGCAAACGUACGCGUUUAACACGUUCUUGCAAACAGUAAAAAUAACUUCUAUGUUAAAUGUACUUUUCCUUGAUUAAAUUUACUUUUGUAUUGAUGGUAGAUUUGUGUCAUUUAUGUAUUUAAUAUUAUCUUUAAUUAUAUGGUAUUCUUUCGUA